AUGAUUAGCACACUUGCUUUGAAGUCUUGUAAUCAGAAUCUGUACAAUCAGAAAUUUUUGAUAAGAAAAGAAUUCAAGUUUAAAAAACUACCAGUCAUUGUCAGAAUGUUGAUAAUACAACUAAUGGAUCCAGCUGAACGAUUCGUACUGAGUUUCACUUCGAAACGAAUGGAAAUUGAAUUGAUGUUGGCUAGACGUCAAUCUUAUGAGCCCGUGUUGAAUUUUUAUGAUGGGUACUCGUUGAUCGAACUGGAGGAAGAUAACGGAUUGAAUAUCAGAUGCUGUGGAGAAGAACUCAAAAUUGAUGAGAUGAGAUUAUACUCCAAACAUGGGACAAUUGUCGAGAACACUGCCGAAGCAUUUCACCGUCUUCAGAAUACUACGAAAUGCAGGAAAAUUCAUUUUGUUCUGCAUGUUGCACGAAUCGAGCUAUCAUUUCUCGUGGAGCUAUUCUCAAAUUUUGAGUUAGAGAGCUGGUCCAAACUUUCGUUAGUUGGAAGGGAGAUUGAGGCGGAAAGUGUGAAUUUUGUUUUGAAUACGCCGACUUUCGAUAAGCAUUUCUGGUUUUUGAAUGCUAAUAUGCCAGUGGAUUUCAGACAUGUUAAUGCAUUCAAAUUUCGAAGCAAUGACUAUGAAGACGCUAGAUGGGUUCGGAUGGAGGAUUUACUGGAAAUGAAAAAUGUUGAAAAUGUGUCAUUGAACAAGACUAUAUUCACUUCGAGUGAUAUUCAAAACUACAUAACCCACUGGAUAAAUAGUGAAAACGAUUUGUUUGAAUAUAUGCACAUAGGAACUGAUAGGGAUAUCGAAUUGGGUGGAGUGUUGGAUGACUUGGUGGUAUUGGAACAUCUCAACGAACCGGGUUCUAUAUUCUUUGUACUUGCCAAGUGUCCCUCACGUGCAUAUCCUCUACUAGCAAUCAGCUGUGCUUUCAAUCUCGUGGUAUUAUCUGCAUGGAGACAAGAAGAAGUAUUUAACAGUAGAUAUGGAGAAGGCUUCCAGAUGUAUGAGAAUACUUAUAAGAAAUUGGAAGUUCUGGAGAAAAAGAACACAUUGGAAAGGAAAAUGGAAUUAGAGGAAACUGACAGUGCUGAGCGGAAGAAAAUGAGCAAGGAACUUGAAGUGCUGAACGAGAAGAUUUCGCGUCUUGGAGUGUAUUUUCAUAAUGGAAGGGCUGUUACUAAUUGA